CGGGGUCUAUAUAUCACACCAGCAUCACUUCAAAGUUUCAUAAGUUUUAUGUGAGUCGAUCUGUGCGGAAGACAAGGGCCUGACUAGGGAAGAGAGACAGAGAUGGAGGUGCUGCAAAUACUUCACAUGAACAAAGGGAACGGCGAGACUAGUUAUGCUCAAAACUCUAAAGUUCAGGAAAAUAUAUUAUCCAUCGCAAAGCCAAUCGUUGAUGAAGCUGUACAAAAAUUGUUGUGCUCAAAUAUGGCAACAAUUGGGAGCAUGGGAAUAGCCGAUUUGGGUUGCUCAUCUGGACCAAACACCAUCCUUCUCAUCUCCGAAAUAAUUGAUGCCAUCCGUGCCACACGUAGCAGCUCAUCAUCAUUCACAGAAUUUAGAGUGUUUCUAAACGACCUCUUUAGCAACGACUUCAACACCAUUUUUAUGUCACUCCCGGCAUUCUACAACCAACUAAAGGAAGAAAAUGGUGCUGGACUCGGGUCUUUCUUUGUCUCCGCCACGCCGGGCUCGUUUUACGGCAGGUUGUUUCCAGCCAAGAGUUUGCACUUCGUGCACUCUUCUUCUAGUCUUCAUUGGCGCUCUCAGGUCCCUCAUGGCCUGGAUCUCCAGGCAGCUGGCAAAGCGUUGAACAAAGGAAAGAUUUGGAUUUCUAAGACCAGCCCCCAAUGCGUUUUGGAUGCAUAUUCAUUUCAAUUUCACAAGGAUUUCGUUAUUCUCAAGUCCCGGGCUGAAGAAAUAAUUGGUGGAGGACGGAUGGUGUUGUCAAUCCCAGGCAGGUCAUCCUCUGACCCAUCAACUCCAGAGAGCUGCUACCAGUGGGAUCUCCUAGCUCAUGCAUUAAUGACCAUGGUUUCAGAGGGUCUUAUUGAAGAGGAAAAGGUUGAUUCCUUCAACCUUCCGUACUAUGUCCCGAGUGAAGAGGAAGUGAAGCUGGAGUUAGAAAAAGAAGGAUCAUUUAUAAUAGACCGCUUUGAAGCCUUUGAAAUUGAUUGGGAUGGUGGUGCGGAAACAACCGUCGUAGCCAGUGGUCAGCGAGUGGCCAAGACCAUAAGAGCUGUGGUUGAGUCGAUGAUCGAAUCUCAUUUUGAAAAAAAUAUCAUGGAUGAUCUGUUUCGUCGGUACGCCGAGCUCAUCGCCGACCACUUAUCAAAAUCUAGAACCAAGUUGCUCAAUUUGUUUAUUUCAGUCAUUAGAAAGGACUGAGUUUUCUUAAACUUCCCAAUAAAAAUUUUCAUCAACAGAUUAAAGAUCUGGUCUCAUUGCCAUUUCCUUAGUUAUGUUGUUGGAUUUUGUUUUAGAAAAUGUUAAGGGGAGAUCAUAUUUAAUAAAUUAUGUUUGUACCA